AUGUUGCUGCUGUUUCUUGUUCAUGAAAUCAAAUCUUAUGAUCUUCAAAAUAUUGCAGAUUGCUACCAAAACGAUUUUAUUUCAACCAACAAUUCUGAUUAUUAUUUUCUUGAAAUCCCUGCAGGGGAAAUCUUUUGUAGCAAUCAAAGCUUUGUUAUUGCUGCAAAUACAUCUAUCCAAGCAGAUUACUUUUUAGACAAUGGUGAAGAAAAUCCAACAAUUAAACAUCUUGAUGAUCCUUUUGCAAUAAUUCAAUCUGAAAAUGGCCAUAACAUUAUUUCGAAAAUAUCCGCAAAAGAUCCUUCUGAAACGUUCCUUAUUCAAAUAAUCAAAAUUACCAGAUCUAAUAUUAAUGAAAGAGAGUUAUUCUACUCAGUGUUUUCUACUAACCUGUUUUUCUGCCAAAAAUUCAUUCCUUUACGGCUCACAGAUUCCAAUUCCACACUAUUAUUACGAAGAUGGAUGGAAAUCAAAGCUUUUAAUGGAUAUGAAAUCAAGCCGAAAAUGGGCAAUUUUUCUAGCGAAACAGCCAUACUAACAACAACGCUAAGCUGCAAUGAUACAACUAAGAGGAGAAGUAUUUAUUUUGCAUAUUAUUCAGAAAAUCAUACUUUAGCACCAAUUUUGUUCAAAAAAGAUAAAUUCUAUUUGAUGCCAUCAGAAUCUGGUGUUUAUUCACGUGCAGAAGUAGAGUCAUUCACUGAAAUGAAUCCUCCAUUUCAUAAUGAAUAUAAAUUCGAUCAGUAUGAUUUAACAGAUGAGUUUCUUCCAUGUCUGAACAAUAUAUGGAGUCCAGAGUUUGCCCACCACGAUAUCGGAUUAAAAUAUACAGACUCAAAAGUCUUUACAAUUCAACCAGGCAAAGCACAGUGUUUAUACGGCAAUUUUGUGUUUGGAAGCAAAGAAGAUUUCACAGCAACUGUUGUUUAUAAUGAUACAAAGCACUAUGAAUUAAACAAUAGACCAAAGGUCCCUCGCACAGUUCAUGAGACAUAUGAAAAUCCAUUUAGCAUUACAACACAAAUACACGAUCAAAGACAAAGUCAGUUAAUCAAAUUACAAUGCAAAUCUCAAACAGAAUCAUGCAAAAUACAAGUUGUGAGUGUUAUGCCUCCUAUUCAAAACAGACUGUUAAACGCACCAAUGAAAAUAGAAUCAACAUUCACAACAAAUACAAGCUAUUUUGCUGAAAAAGAAAUUAUUAUAGAAGAUACUAGAAUAGAAAUAUUUUCAAUUACAGUGCACAACAAAAACAAAUUCGGUAUCAAGAUAAGUUGUGAUGAUAAGAGAAUACAGAAUUAUCUGACAACAUCGAACUCCUUUGUGAAAAACUUCACAUCAAAUGAGAGUAUAUAUAACACAGUUACUAUAUAUCCAUAUUUUGAUCUACACAGAUUCCUUAAUCAAGAAGAAAAUAUUUCAACAUUCAAAGUAAAAACUAAUGUCAAAGUUGAAAUCAUCCCAUCAGAAGAAAAUUCCACUGGAGAGAAGAAAUUAUAG